AUGCUCAUGAAAGGUUGCCUCCGGGUCUUGACGCCUGCAUUUCAUGUCUUCCGCACAGAUCAGCUAGACAUCAUCUCCAUGGCGGAGACCAGCAUGAUGCCGGAGGAGAUAGAACUGGAGAUGGUAAAAAUUCAGCGGCUCCGGGAAGUCUUGGUCCGACGGGAGUCUGAGCUCAGGUUUAUGAUGGAUGACAUCCAGCUUUGCAAUGACAUCAUGGACCUGAAGCAGGAGCUCCAGAACUUGGUGGCCAUCCCAGAAAAAGAAAAAUCCAAGUCACAGAAGCAGAGAGAGGAUGAGCUAAUCCAGAAGAUCCACAAACUGGUGCAGAAAAGAGACUUCCUGGUGGACGAUGCAGAGGUGGAACGGUUAAGGGAGCAAGAAGAAGACAAGGAAAUGGCCAAUUUCCUGAGAGUCAAGUUAAAACCUCUAGAUAAAGUAGCCAAAUCUCCAGUCAGUUCCCGAGCAGAGAAGAAAGCAGAGCCCCCACCUAGCAAGCCCAUGGUGGCCAAGACUGGGCUGGCACUCAUCAAGGAUUGCUGCGGGGCCACCCAGUGCAAUAUCAUGUAGCCCCCAUGUGUGGUGCCCCUGGGGCCAUGGGGAGCCCCCUCCCGCCCUCUUGUCUGCAUAGCCCCCUUUUCACUGGGGCCCAAGAGCUCUCCAAGGCAGAAGGGGUUGAAGGCAAGCCCAUGACUGCUGCCAGGGGCUAUGGGUGCGGCAGGCGGGCCCAGCUGCCCUGUACAGAGUGUAGCAAUAGGAAGUUCCUCACUGGCGCAUGGCCCUCCCCAGAGCAUGCCGAACCCAGGAGUCUGUUUCACUGUUUAUCCAACUACCAGGAAAGGUCCUCCCUCAAAAAAGUAUAUCUCCACGUCUAUCUAUCUGUAUCUAACCCACGGUGUGAAUGAACUGGGAGAGGGGCAUGAUACCCAGGUGUGUAUACUUGUGACUUUUCAAUACUCUAGCACCAUGUUGGACACACCCCCAUCCACUCUCCUAGCUCUGCUGUUAGACCUGCCCCCGUGGGCACAGCCAUAUCCCCCAUUUGUCCUCCUGCAGGGUCUGUGCCCUGGAGGGCCCCACACAGCCCAUGUGUCUUGGAGACACAGAGGGCCCAUCUGUAAAGAUUGAACUUGUAUGUGGUGUCAUGCUCACAUCUGCUUUCUCCCUUCCUGUGUCUGGGCACGGUUCACAUCAGGGGUGAUUCCAUUCGCUCUCGGCUCUUCCUUCCCUUGCACCACGUGCAUGAAGCAGAGUUGGGGCUGGUGCUGCGA